AUGAAGUUCAAUCCCGACGUUUCAUCCUCACGGCGCAAGUCCCGUAAGGCACAUUUCUCCGCUCCCUCUUCCGUCCGUCGCAAGAUCAUGUCGUCGCCCUUAUCCAAGGAACUUCGCACCAAAUACAGUGUACGGUCGCUACCUAUUCGCAAGGAUGACGAAGUUCGGAUCGUGCGGGGGAAGUACAAGGACCGUGAGGGCAAAGUUACACAGGUGUACCGUAAGAAAUGGGUCAUUCACGUCGACCGCGUGCAACGCGACAAAUCAAAUGGUGCAUCGGUACCCAUUGGCGUUCACCCAAGCAAGGUUGUCAUCACUACCAUUAAGCUCGACAAGGACAGGCGAGCAAUCUUGGACCGGAAGGACAGAUCAAAGAACGUAAAACCUGCCGGUGAUGUGGAAAUGGCAGAGGCGCCUCAGGAGUUGCGACAAUCUCCUCAUCCGCCGGUCUCUCGUCCGGACGCUCUUCUGUAA